AUGGAUGCCAAGCUGGAGUCUCUGAAGGACCUGGCCAACUCUUCCAGAGACAUCACCUUCGCCCAGGAGUUCAUCAACCUGGACGGCAUCUCACUGCUCACACAGAUGGUGGAGAGUGGCACGGAGUACGUACUUCCUCUUUUCCUUUCUCCUCCCUUAUUUUACUCUAUCUUCCCCCCGGCAACCCCACCUCAUUCCCAAGCAGUGUUCUCUUAAAUGGUGGUCUCCCUCUGUCAGGAAUACCUGGAAUAGUAUAAAAGUAAUCCUUCUACCCACCCCCCCCCACCCCCCCAUAAAAAAAAUUAUAGAUAUAUUGGGUGGUUGUCCCACUAGCUAUCAUAAGUUGAAUUAAUCAAUUUGUAAGUCGCUCUGGAUAAGAGCGUCUGCUAAAUGACUGAAAUGUAAAUGUAAAAUGUCUCUGCCUGUUUCGCUGGGCUUUGGACUUGGUAGGCUGGCUGUGUCCCAGAUGGCAUCCUAUUCCCUGUAUAGUGCACUACUUUUGAUGCAGGGCCAAUAGGGUUCAGGGCAAAAGUAGUGUAGGUAAUAGGGUGGCGUUUUGGAAGCUGUCUCUGGCUCAGCGGAAGGUUACGGGGAGGGCAGGCGGUGGCGUUUUGGAAGCUGUCUCUGGCUCAGCGGAAGGUUACGGGGAGGGCAGGCAGUGGCGUUUUUGAAGCUGUCUCUGGCUCAGCGGAAGGUUACGGCGAGGGCAGGCGGUGGCGUUUUGGAAGCUGUCUCUGGCUCAGCGGAAGGUUACGGCGAGGGCAGGCGGUGGUGUUUUGGAAGCUGUCUCUGGCUCAGCGGAAGGUUACGGGGAGGGCAGGCGGUGGCGUUUUGGAAGCUGUCUCUGGCUCAGCGGAAGUUUACGGCGAGGGCAGGCGGUGGCGUUUUGCUGAGGUGGAGUUUCUCAGCCGUGAUGUUGACUGGAACCCCAUGGGGGGAGGAGGCAGGGGGGGAGGAGGCAGGGGGAGAGGAGGGAGGGAGGGUAGGGGAAGGGGCCAGUUUGGGCUCACAGCCCCACUGCCAGAGAGCCAGGGAGGGAGAGGAGAGCCAGGGUCAUGCUAUGUGAGCGUAGAGUGAUUGCAGAGUCAAAACACACAUUGUAGACGCGCUCACAGUCAAAGCAAGACACACACACACACACACACACACACACCCUCUGUUUCUCACACACUCACCCCCCCCAUUCAAUCACACACAGUCAGCCGUCUCCAGUCACCCAGAGCUGUUUGCACUGUACUAUACUGAACGGCCCUGAAUCCAACCAAAUGCUUGUCAUUCCCAGCAGACUCUCAUUAAAGGCUAGCCCGAGGGCUCUGGACACAGGGUUUACUGGCUGAGAGGGCAUCAGUGGUCUGAAACACACACGUGUUCUGCUACAUGACAUCCUCAUUAAGCCUCCCCAGCCCAGAGAGACUUCCCAGUCAGUAGCUGCUCGCAUGCAAAGGGCUUUACCAUCACCAUGCAAGGUCAGCCCUAAUACAAACUCUCCCUGAUAGACCAAACACACACUCUCUCUGACAGACCAAACACACACUCGCUCUGAUAGACCAAACACACACUCUCUCUGAUAGACCAAACACACACUCUCUCUGAUAGACCAAACACACACACUCUCUGAUAGACCAAACACACACUCUCUCUGAUAGACCAAACACACACUCUCUCUCUGGCUGGAGAGCACAGCUGAACUCAUCAUACACUGGCACUUGGAAUUACUGUUCCUCUACAAUAGGAACUAGUACCUUCCAUUCUGUUAGUGUAUCCCCCCUCUACAAUAGGAACUAGUAUCUUCCAUUCUGUUAGUGUAUCCCCCCUCUACAAUAGGAACUAGUACCUUCCAUUCUGUUAGGUGUAUCCCCCCUCUACAAUAGGAACUAGUACCUCCAUUCUGUUAGUGUAUCCCCCUCUACAAUAGGAACUAGUACCGUUCCAUUCUGUUUAGUGUAUCCCCCCUCUACAAUAGGAACUAGUACCUUCCAUUCUGUUUAGUGUAUUCCCCCUCUACAAUAGGAACUAGUACCUUCCAUUCUGUUAGUGUAUCCCCCCUCUCAAUAGGAACUAGUACCUUCCAUUCUGUUAGUGUAUCCCUCUCUACAAUAGGAACUAGUACCUUCCAUUCUGUUAGUGUAUCCCUCUCUACAAUAGGAACUAGUACCUUCCAUUCUGUUAGUGUAUCCCCCUCUACAAUAGGAACUAGUACCUUCCAUUCUGUUAGUGUAUCCCCCUCUACAAUAGGAACUAGUACCUUCCAUUCUGUUAGUGUAUCCCCCUCUACCAUAGGAACUAGUACAUUCCAUUCUGUUAGUGUAUCCCCCUCUACAAUAGGAAACUAGUACCUUCCAUUCUGUUAGUGUAUCCCCCCUCUACAAUAGGAACUAGUUACCUUCCAUUCUGUUAGUGUAUCCCCCUCUACAAUAGGAACUAGUACAUUCCAUUCUUGUUAGUGUAUCCCCUCUACAAUAGGAACUAGUACCUUCCAUUCUGUUAGUGUAUCCCCCUCUACAAUAGGAACUAGUACCUUCCAUUCUGUAGUGUACCCCCCUCUACAAUAGGAACUAGUACCUUCCAUUAUGUUAGUGUAUCUCCCCUCUACAAUAGGAACUAGUACCUUCCAUUCUGUUAGUGUAUCCCCCUCUACAAUAGGAACUAGUACCUUCCAUUCUGUUAGUGUAUCCCCCCUCUACAAUAGGAACUAGUACCUUCCAUUCUGUUAGUGUAUCCCCCUCUACAAUAGGAACUAGUACCUUCCAUUCUGUUAGUGUAUCCCCCCUCUACAAUAGGAACUAGUACCUUCCAUUCUGUUAGUGUAUCCCCCUCUACAAUAGGAACUAGUACAUUCCAUUCUGUUAGUGUAUCCCCCUCUACAAUAGGAACUAGUACAUUCCAUUCUGUUAGUGUAUCCCCCUCUACAAUAGGAACUAGUACCUUCCAUUCUGUUAGUGUAUCCCUCUCUACAAUAGGAACUAGUACCUUCCAUUCUGUUAGUGUAUCCCCCUCUACAAUAGGAACUAGUACCUUCCAUUCUGUUAGUGUAUCCCCCCUCUACAAUAGGAACUAGUACAUUCCAUUCUGUUAGUGUAUCCCCCUCUACAAUAGGAACUAGUACAUUCCAUUCUGUUAGUGUAUCCCCCUCUACAAUAGGAACUAGUACCUUCCAUUCUGUUAGUGUAUCCCUCUCUACAAUGGGAACUAGUACCUUCCAUUCUGUUAGUGUAUCCCCCUCUACAAUAGGAACUAGUACAUUCCAUUCUGUUAGUGUAUCCCCCUCUACAAUAGGAACUAGUACAUUCCAUUCUGUUAGUGUAUCCCCCUCUACAAUAGGAACUAGUACCUUCCAUUAUGUUAGUGUAUCUCCCCUCUACAAUAGGAACUAGUACCUUCCAUUAUGUUAGUGUAUCCCCCUCUACAAUAGGAACUAGUACAUUCCAUUCUGUUAGUGUAUCCCCCUCUACAAUAGGAACUAGUACAUUCCAUUCUGUUAGUGUAUCCCCCUCUACAAUAGGAACUAGUACCUUCCAUUCUGUUAGUGUAUCCCCCUCUACAAUAGGAACUAGUACCUUCCAUUCUGUUAGUGUAUCCCCCUCUACAAUAGGAACUAGUACCUUCCAUUCUGUUAGUGUAUCCCCCUCUACAAUAGGAACUAGUACCUUCCAUUCUGUUAGUGUAUCCCUCUCUACAAUAGGAACUAGUACCUUCCAUUCUGUUAGUGUAUCCCCCCUCUACAAUAGGAACUAGUACCUUCCAUUCUGUUAGUGUAUCCCCCCUCUACAAUAGGAACUAGUACAUUCCAUUCUGUUAGUGUAUCCCCCUCUACAAUAGGAACUAGUACAUUCCAUUCUGUUAGUGUAUCCCUCUCUACAAUAGGAACUAGUACCUUCCAUUCUGUUAGUGUAUCCCCCUCUACAAUAGGAACUAGUACAUUCCAUUCUGUUAGUGUAUCCCCCUCUACAAUAGGAACUAGAAGAGUACCUUCCAUUCUGUUAGUGUAUCUCCCCUCUACAAUAGGAACUAGAAGAGUACCUUCCAUUCUUGUACAGGGGAGGUGAAGACCCACCACAGUUACAUUCAGUAUGUGUGCCUCCCGUGCGAUACCCUAUUCCCUAAUAUAUUGCACUACUUUAGACCAGGGCCCAUAGUAGUGUUGACAUAUCUCCCUUUACUGUAUAGAUUGAUUGUGCCAUUAAAGCAAAACGAUUCACACUCAUGAAGCCCAAAGACUUCAAUAUUAUUAUUUUGUGAUCUUGAUUUAAAUGCUCUUAAUGCAUAUUCAUUUCCCUAUUAAUAAAUUCCCCUCCUUCAUGCUCCUAUAAGUAGUGCUGCCCACUUAAUUCCCCCAUGAUGCAUACUGCCACCUCAGGCCUCUUUCUUUAAAUAGGUUUUAUGUAGAUGACUCCUGCGUCAACAGAGCAUAGCCCCGGAGUUUGAAAGUGCAGGUGUGUGUGUAUCAGUGUUUAUAACUCAUCUUCAUUCCUGCUGACCGACUAGUGUAAUAUAAUAAUUCACAGGCUUAGGAAAAAGAGACACCAGGGAGCAGUACUUUCUAAUAUCCCAGUCUGGGGCAUGACAUCAUGCUGUAUUAAUGUGGGCUACCCUAUCAGUGAUUGAAAGACAUGUUGCGCCCCCUAUUGGUGUAGUAACAUAACAGAUACAUUCCAGAACUGCUGAGAAUGUACAGUUGAACCAAUGUCAACUGGCGAACAUUUUGGAUCCCUGGGGAAUUAUGUUAAUUUUGUAGCAAGCUUACUGUUUUAUCACAAAAGAAGAUGAUGUUAAGAUCUCGCAUGAGAUCUUCUCGUUGUUUAAAUGAAUUGUUGACAAUUUUUUGGUCUGUUUGUUGUCAUCUUUGCAAGCAUAGCCUGUUGUGUAACGCUGUCUGUCUGUCUGUCAAGGUAAGACUCCAACUGCUUCCCAAGCCAUACUUCGGCUUUGCAUGCUUUGUGUGUGUGUGCCUGUGUCUGUCUGUGUGUGUGCGCGCGUGCGUGCAUGUUCAGAGUCUGUUAUUUGAGUGUGUUUAUUUGGUCAAAUAUCCUCCUCCACUUCUGUCACUAUCAUACCUCUGCCCAUUCCCAUGUGUUAACCAGAGCCCUGUAGAUAUUUAUGGCUCUGGUCUCAGUGUAAUUCUGUUUGGCCAAAUGUGUUGUAUGUUAUUCCCUGUAUUGUAUCACAUGUUACUGUAGCAGGUCAGGCUUGUGUUGCGAUCUACAUUUGAGUUGUCACAGUUAAGCUCUGUUCACGUCCUGUCCAUCUCCAUCCUCCAUGUGUCUGGGCUCUGGGUCCAUAUGUAUGAAGCAUCUCAGAGUAGGACUGCUGAUCUAGGAUCAGGUCUCUCCUGUCCUUGCAACCUUAUUUAUUGUGAAAAUCACAUACAUACAGCCCCCUGGUCUGGUCUUAUCAGAAAGAAGCUACAGUGACAGAUCGGACAUACACACACACACACACACACACACCUGGGCAAUGUGUCUAUUGUCUAACCAUAACCUCCAUCUGUCUACUAUGACUUGAGCCCCUUCUUCCGUGGUCAUUGUGUUCUCCCCUGACGCCAAAGUUUCUUAAAUCUUUGCAGACGCUAUCAGAAACUACAGAAGAUAAUGAAGCCAUGGUAAGCCCUCCCUUUCCCUUCCCCUCCCCAGUCAGAUAACUGCCCUGGCUGGCUUUGUACUCUUCCCUCUAAUCUACCCGGCAACUGAGUCUGCAUGAUUUAAAACUCAGGCCCUGGUGCUUCUAUUAAACUGAUGGGAAACAACAUGGCUGCCAUUGCUGGCUUUCAUCUUGAAAUCAAACUUGUUUGUUUUGUUUAUCUCUGGAUACGUCCCAAAUGGCACCCUAUUCCCUAUAUAGUGCACUACUUUUCACCAGGGCUCAGGCCCUAAAUAGGGAAUAGGGUGCCAUUUGAGACGUAUCCUCUGUGUACCAUGUAACCGAAUCAGCUUUGUUCUCAAAUAUUUGCAUGAGGUAUUGGGCAAUUGGUUGAGGUUCAAAGGGAACUAAACACACACUUGUUUCACGUGGGACAUUGUUUUGAAGAGCACCAUGACAACAAUCCAUAAGGAAACCCACAGGCCAAAUUCAGAGAUUCUUCUUCUUGGAUGCUUGGUGCUCUUCCUAAACUUAGAAAAUGGUGUUUAAGGGUGUAUUCACUAGUAACCAAAUGGAAGCUAAACAGGCUGAAACGGUGAGGGACCUACCUGAACUUUAAAAACAAUUAGAAACACUUGUUUUAGUUCCAAAACGUUUUACAUCGCAAAACCUUUUGCUACGGUUUGCAUUGAUGAAUACACCCCAGGUGAUGGGAACUUUAAUGUUAGGUGGUGGUGGUGGGUUGUUAGAGAUGUUAAUUGGGCAGUCCUUUACACCCUAUUAAUUUUAAUAUGAAUAUUCUGCAGUUCGCUGUCCUCACCCUGUAGUGUAAAGACAUCAUUCUGUAGGGUUACAUUCUUUGGUCUUGUCAACAUGUCGUUCUUGCAUCUUAAAUCAGUCAACUUUUUUAGAAUGUACAGGUCUACAGCAUUAGAAAAGUAAAAUCAUUUUAGUAGGAUCAUGUACUUUAUAUUAACAUGAUCAUUUUACACAUCACGUAACUUCCCACUGCCAUGUGCAAACGCUUACUCACCACAGUCCAACCGUGGACUAAGUACUACUAAUUAAUUAAGUAUUACUAAUGAAUGUGUCUGAGAUGUGAGCCAUGAUGUUGUAUGUGACCCAAUGCGUUAAUUAAUUAACCCUCUGUUGCUAAGCCUGUAAUGGGCCUGGUCCUGGUCUUAUUAACCAAAUCUUUGUUCGAAUGUUGUUGUUUUUUAUAAGCACUUUAUAUGAUUUAUAAUGUAGAAUUUCUUUACAUAUAUAUAUAUAUAUAUAUAUAUAUAUAUAUAUAUAUAUUGCCUAUGUUUUUUUAAAUGAUGUUGAUGAAAUGUGUUUGUACAUAAAAAGGACAUAUGACAUGUUUUGUUUAAAAUUUUAAAUCUGACUGCAGGGGGCAAUAUUUUACAAUAUUUCCCACCUGAUAUCUAGAGGUGUGCUUCACCUUCUUGAUUUAUACAGUAUUUCAGGUUUAUGUCAUGACUGUAAUGUCAAAAACAACAAUUAACUUACCUAAUCUUCAUUUAUUUCCUGUCAUUUGUAUUUUUCUGUGAGAUUUAUGUAGGCUGUUUGUAUUCCUGUUAACUUCUAUUGGUGAUUCAACAUAACAGAUUGAAACACUUUGCAUUCAGACAUUUGGAUAAAAAUCUUCCAGGAAGUAACUUUGCUUGGUCCUCCUUGGAUGUCAACUCUUGUCUCUACUAAUAACUAUCUACUAGUUACUGCAUGGGAAUGAUUAAUGAAUGAAUGCUCUCCAGCUCCGUGGCUCUGCUGCCCUGCGCUGUCUGGCUCCUGCUGGCUCUCUGGCGCCCCCUGUUGUUAAUGGAGGACUGAGUCAUCUGUCUGCCCCAUCAGGAGCCGCAGUCAUCCUCCUCCCCUCUCGCCUUUCUGUGCCCUCAGCAUACCUGGCUGUGGCUUCACCCUCUCCUCUUCUCCUCUCUCCCUAAGACCAAGACUUUUGGCUGCUUUGUGGCUGUAGCUAAACGUGUGUGUCAGCGCCAGUGGCAGAGACGUUUCUAUUGGCUGUUGUUGUUGUUGUUUCAGUUUCGGCGACCUGUUGUCGUUCACGCUGACAGCGUUUGUGGAGCUCAUGGACCACGGCAUCGUCUCCUGGGAUACCUUCUCUGUCGCCUUCAUCAAAAAGGUGCCUGCUCAUUAGCUGUGUGUGGUGGGGGCGGGGCUGUGUGGUGGGCGGGGCUGUGUAUGUGUGCUCUUCUCUGUCGCCUUCAUCAAGAAGGUACCCCAACAAACCAAUAUCAAGUUGUAUAAUAGAUCAUAUGUAAGAACUAUUUGCAAAAUGAGAAAGAAGGUGCACGAACAAACCAGUAUCAUGUUGAAUUGCUGAUCAUGUGUAAAAACUGAAAUAUAUAAAUAAGGUGCCCUCAAACAGUUUAUAGCAUGUAUUAAGCGUGUUUAUAACAUGUUUAUAAUACCAUAUACAGGAAUUAUAUGAUAUUAAAGUUUGUCAACUUUUAAGAAAUACAUCUGAAAUAGAGUCCAUUUAGUCUCUGAAUAACAAUCCCCAUGUGAUUAUUUUCACCUCUUAAUGUGUCUUCUAGUCAGUUACUAACUCUCCUCUAUUGCAGAUUGCAGGUUACGUGAACAAGUCAGCCAUGGACACGGCUGUGCUGCAGCGGUCCCUGGCCAUCCUGGAGUCCAUGGUACUCAACAGUCAGGACCUCUACCAGAAGGUGGCGCAAGAGAUCACCAUCGGACAGCUUAUACCCCAUCUGCAGGGGUGA